GCCAUCCUACAUCAUGUAGCAGUGCUGCUGAGAUCAUGUCUGUGCUGUUAUUCCACGUCAUGAGAUAUAAAGAGGAGGACCCGGAGAACCCAAACAAUGACCGCUUUAUCCUCUGUAAACAACUGGCAUUUUUUGAUAUGGCAAUCGGAUGGUACGGACAAGGAUUGGGCACUGCAUGCGGCAUGGCAUAUACUGGCAAGUACUUUGACAAGGCCAGCUACCGGGUGUUCUGCCUCUUGAGAGACCGUGAGUCUUGGGAAGGCUCCGUCUGGGAGGCAUUGGCCUUUGCUUCCCACUACAGUCUGGAUAAUCUCAUAGCCAUCUUUGAUGUGAACCGCCUGGGCCGCAGUGGCGUCUUGCCCAUUGAGAACUGCAUAGACAUCUAUCAGAAGCGCUGUGAAGCCUUUGGGUGGAAUACUUAUGUGGUGGAUGGCCGUGAUGUUGAGACAUUGUGUGCAGUAUUCUGGCAGGCAACUCAAGUGAAGGACAAGCCCACUGCUGUAAUUGCCAAGACCUUCAAGGGCCGGGGCAUGCCAAGCAUUGAGGAUGCAGAAAGUUGGCAUGGAAGGCCAAUGCCAACAGAAAGAGCAGAUGCGAUUAUCAAACUAAUUGAGAGCCAGAUAGAGACCAACAGACAUCUUGAACCAAAACCCCCUGUUGAAGACUCGCCUCAAGUCAACAUCACAGACAUACAGAUGACUUCUCCACCUGCUUACCAAGUUGGUGAAAAGGUAGCUACUCGUAAAGCAUGUGGUUUGGCUCUGGCUAAGCUGGGCCAUGCAAAUGAGAGAGUCAUUGUGCUGGAUGGUGACACCAAGAACUCGACCUUCUCUGAGAUGUUCAAGAAGGAGCAUGCUGAACGCUUCAUCGAGUGUUUUAUUGCCGAGCAAAACAUGGUGAACGUGGCACUGGGGUGCGCCAUCCGUGGUCGGACCAUUGCUUUUGUUAGUACCUUCGCUGCCUUUUUGUCCCGAGCAUUUAAUCAGAUCCAGAUGGGAGCCAUCUUUGAAAGCAACAUCAACAUUGUUGGGUCCCACUGCGGGAUAUCUGUUGGUGAAGAUGGCGCCUCCCAGAUGGCGCUGGAGGAUUUGGCCAUGUUCCGAGCCAUUCCCAACUGCACCAUUUUCUAUCCAAGUGACGCCAUCUCUACAGAGCAUGCUGUGUUCCUGGCGGCCAAUACCAAGGGGAUAUGCUACAUUCGAACCAACCGCCCAGAAACUGAUGUUAUUUACACCCCACAAGACAAUUUUGGGAUUGGACAAGCCAAGGUCAUUUGCCACAGUGUCAAUGACAAGGUUACAGUUAUUGGAGCUGGAGUCACUCUGCAUGAAGUCCUAGCAGCUGCUGCUGAUCUUUCCAAAGAAGAUAUUUCUGUCCGUGUCAUCGACCUAUUUACCAUUAAGCCCCUGGAUGCUGCCACCAUCAUCUCCAAUGCAAAAUGCACAGGUGGCCGAAUUAUCACAGUGGAGGAUCACCACCCGGAAGGUGGCAUCGGGGAGGCUGUCUGUGCAGCUGUUUCCAUGGAGCCUGACAUCCUGGUUCACCGCCUGGCAGUGCAAGGAGUGCCUCGGAGUGGGAAGUCCAGUGAAUUGCUGGAUAUGUUUGGAAUUAGUACCAAACACAUUAUAGAGGCCGUGAAAAGUAUUUUAACAAACUAAAAUAGCUGUUGGCUUCAAUCUUAAAAUACUAGUUCUACAUUUAUGCUUGUUGACAAACCUUCAUUUUAAUCUAUACUGUUCUUAGUUCUUUUAAAAAGCAAAGCAAAUUAACUACCUUCAUAAGUAAAGAAAAUGUGAGCUCUGGGCCAUGCAGCACUAUCGUACCAUGCCGCACACUUCCAUCCCAGGUCGGGAAUUAAAGUGCUGCCAUCCUACCUGCAGCUUCCUGGGUACCGUGUGACUGCGGAUGUCCUGGAAUUUCAUCUCCCCUCUUAGGGUGCGUGGAGCAGCAGUGAAAGCUCUUAGAAUGUCCUCCGCUGCUUGUGGUGACUAGUCUGUGAAGAGAGGACACAACUAGUUCUAGUCUCCACACUGCACUCUUUUGUGAGGUUUCAGAAAUGUCUUAUUUGCCCAGUGACUACACCAAACUUAGCUCAAUUAUACUUACUUACUAUAGAUACUAGUUAAAAGUUAAUAAAGCAUUUAAAAAACCA